ACAAAUGAAACCUUGAACAGUGAAUUAGGAAAGCAGGACAAAGAAGAUGAAGUUUUUUACACAGAGAAAGAUGCAAUACUGAGGGACCUUAAUCAGGCAUAUAAUGAUGCCAAAUUCACAGAAGAAAACUCAACACACAAAAAUAAUCUGAAAAGGAAGUUAGAAGACAACAAAUUACCAGAUUAUGAUGAAUCAGCAUUCCUAUUUAAUGAUCUGAAUGAAGAUGUAAUUAUGGGUAAGAUUGAUGAAAAUGCUCUCAGGGAAGAAAGCAGAUUGCCAUUAGCAAAUGAUAGUAAGACUAUUUCAAGCAAUGAUGUGCAUAAUGAAAAUUCAGACCCUUUCAAAAAAGCACGAAUCAGUAGAAAAGUUGAUAUGAAGGUUACAUUAUUAAAAACACCAAAUAAGUUCAAGGCUCUCUUUGGAGAAGUUGCAGAAUGUAACCACGUAUCACAUGAAAAAAGAUCAGAAAUCAUUGUUUAUGGAUGGCUUCAGUUUGGCUUAAAGCUAAACUUUUAUGUGAUGGAUUGGGUAGGAUCUGGGAUAUAUAGAUUCAGAUUGAUAGAUAACUGCAGAAUACCUACCGAUGAUGAUUGUUGUAACAUAUUGGAAGAUGGAUUUUGCAUUCUUAAAUUGCUUGAGGCAAUUUCACCAGAAAACUUACCCAAACCAUUGACACCAGAACAUCAAAAUCUGGGAGAUUUAAUUAUUUCAAUGCCAUAUGUAAUCAAUUGGUGUAAAAGAAAUAAUAAAUAUUAUACUACUUGUCAUUCAUUUAAGAAAACUAAACAAUGUCUUAAUAUUGAAAAGAGAUUGAUAGAGUUAUAUGUACAUGGUGUACUACAUUUGCUUGGUUAUGAUCAUGAAAGUGAUGAUGAUUAUUUAAUGAUGAAUAUGAAAGAAAAAGAAAUGCUGAAACAAUUUUGGAAAUGGAAAAAAGAUUUAAGAAACAGAAAAUAA